AAACCCAAGUUUAUGGCGUUUGGAGUAAGCUUUAAAUAUGAAAGCGAGCAACUUGUAGAAAUGAUAAAAAAACAAAAUGACUGUUUAAAAAUGCUCAAAAGCGAAAAAAUAAAUAUUGGGUGGGAGAAAUGUAGAGUCCAAGAUGGUAUGGGUGUGUCAGUAUGCUACAAAUGUACGGGCUUCAAUCAUAUAGCUACGAAGUGCAAGGAUGAAGAGGUCUGCCUGAAGUGCUUGGGUAAUCAUAAAACAAUGGAGUGCACAAAGGAGCAAAUAAACAAGUGUAUCAAUUGCAUUCGUGCAAACAAAAAAUUUAAUCCAGGGCUCGACGUGAACCACUUGACAACUAACCGACAGUGUCCUGUAUACAUGAAGAAACUAGAGCAUAAGAGAAAUAGAGCCAGCUAUUAACAAUUACAGUCAGUUAAUAGGAACCGUGGCAUGGAGUUGACUGUUC